UUUAUAUUAUCAUCCUCCUCGUCGUCAUCAUCAUUAUCUUUCCCAAUACACAAAAAGCCGCCAUGGUUUUCUUUGAAAUUGACCCCAUUGAACCUCUUGCAGAUGCACUCUAUACUCUUUCUAAAUUUUCAGAAAAAUGCCAUUUCAAAUGGACACCAUUAUCUUUCUCCAUUGUUGUCUCCCGAAAUAAACCUCUUUGCAUCUCAACUAUCAAAAUGUUGCCUAAAAGAUUCAUUCGUUUUUAUUGUCGCAGAUUUUAUGAAGUCACAUUUAAUAUCGUUGAUUUCUUUGUUAUAAUGACUUAUCUUCAUCGCAUGGGAGUUUCUUCCCUCUCUUUCUGUAUGCCUACAAUGCCUACAAAUCAAAGUAGUAUCACUCUUAAAUAUCGUAUUCCUUGUCAAGAAAACCCAUUUUACACGAAAGUGCUACCAAUGUCCAUAGUUGAAGAACCUGCGGAGGUUGGGGACGUUGACUAUGGUUCUUUCUUUGUAUCAAUGGCUUUAGAGGAGUUUCGAUGUGUUGUACAAGACAUGGAAAAUGCUGAUUAUGUUCGUGUUACUAUUACGAGUUCACAAAUCAAAUUUGUGGCUCCAGUUGAUCAUUGGGAAACUAGUUUUACCACCCAGGAAGGAAAAUGCAUAAUUGGAGGUAUUGAAGAAGGAGAAGAAAUUAAAUGUGGAAUUAGUCUUUAUCCAAUGGAAUUUUACAAAGCUUUCACAUCAAAAAGAGUUUGGUUUUUCAGUUCAUGUGAUACCAAUGGUUUGCUUUUGAUUGCUCCUAUGGGAGUUUAUACUCAUAUUUCUUCAUUUUUUCCCCAAGAUAUACCUAAUGGAGGAAAUACAUCGACCUGAUCUUUACCCUACAAAA